AUGCCUCAAACGACGACAGAGUGGACGACGACGACGACGACGUCUUCCGGAGCACAGAACGGAGGAGCCAACACUCUGCCACGUGUCACGAAGCGGCUCUCGAGCGCCGUCGGCGGCAGAUCAUCCAAUAUUCCACGUUUCAAACGACGUAAGCUUUGGGAUCACUCGGUUUCUUUUUUUUGGCGGUGAAAUUGCUUGAAACGGUUUUCUGGUGAAGGUUUUUAUGAUUCGAUUCGCUCAUUAUCCGUUUCGUUCGCUUGCGUUGCGUACAAAUUGAAAUGUCGGGUGAGAAGCUGCUUUUUUUUUGCAUUUCCCUUGAAUCAUUCUCCUAAAAAAAUCCCUGAACCCGUUCAAUAACACUCAAAUAUUUCAGCUCACCCGCCGCACACAUCUCGUCCGCACUCGGCGAUUCUCUCCUCGUCUCCGGCGCUCCACCGAAAAAACAGUCCGUCGACGGCCGCCUCCCAUUCCAUUUCGACGCCGUCUUCGUCGUCAGGCACACGUCGUUCGACCCUCCAUCAUCUCAAUUCGCACCCGAAUCCCGUGGUGAUCGAGGAGGAGUUGGCGACGACUCCGCGCGCAUCCGCCUUCAACCUCUCGCUGUUUCCGUCCUCCUCGUCCGCGUCGUCGUCGUCGUGCUUCGGAAGCAUGCCGAACAGCGGAUCCAACACCGCCGAGGCGUCGAUGAGUUCGUCGGUGUGCGCGAUGGACACGGGCGAAGGGAACAACAAUGCGGAAGAGCUCGCCGAGUCGAGGGACAUGGUGGUCGAGAUGCAGAGGAGAUGCAGGAUCGGAUCGUCCGGCUACCCGCAUCUUGUAAAGGCGAAACGGCUGAGAUUCUACCGAAACGGCGAUCAAUACUUCAAGGGCAUUCAGUACGCACUCCAGUGCGAUCGAGUCAAGAGUAUGCAGCCGUUGAUGGAGGAUCUUAUGAAGGUUCACUCUUUUUUUCCCCGUUUUCUGAGAAUCUAGGUUCGGGCGGCGCAACCUAAUAGAACCGCUUUUUUCCGUGAAAAUCUGUAAAACCAACAAUUUGCAGACGGUGAUGUGCGACUCGACGGCGCUUCCGCACGGCAUCCGACACAUCUUCACAGUAGACGGAACACAGCGCAUCACCUCGGUCGAUCAGUUCGAGGACGGCGGCGGAUACGUGUGCUCCAGCACGGACCUCUUCAAACAGGUCGACUAUUCGCGCGCAUCCGAGCCCAACUGGCGGCUCACUCUCGCGAAUCGCUACAAUCGGCACUUGGAGACGAAAAAGUUGGCGUUGAGCGUCGUCGAACCUCCAAAUGUACGCCUUUUUCCGCUAUUUUUUUUUGGUCAAAAGCGUUGGACGUUACAGUGGAAAUUCGCAGAACCAAUCCUUUACUUUUUGCAGGAACGAACCGACUACGUGUUCCCGCGAAUCAUCAAAGUGAUUCGGAACGGCGUGAAACCCCGAAGGAUCAUUCGCCACUUGUUGAAUAAGAAAACGGCGAGGUAACUAACCGAACUGACCUGAAAGUGUGAUAAAAUUACUGAAUGCUCUCUCAUUUUUUUGCCCCCGAAAAGCGGCUCAUAUUUUCUCUGCAGAUCGUUCGAUCAAGUGUUGCGUGACCUGACUUCAGUCGUCAAAUUGGAUUCCGGCGCGAUCCGCAAGCUGUUCACCCUUUCGGGACGGUCCGUUCUCACGCUCGAAGACUUUUUCCGCGACGACGACGUCUUCGUGGCGUACGGUGGAAACGAGAAAAUGGCGGCCGACGAUCUGCUCGUCGCCUCCGAAGAGCACAAGUGCGUCGCGUCGGGAGCAUCAAAAAUUAAGAGGUACGAGCAUUUUUAGGGCCCCAGAGAUGGAUGAGGGAAAUUGCAGAACGAGUCGCCGGCUGGCAAUGCCGAAUCGCAACGAAUCGCUGCGUCACGAUCGUUCGGGCAGUGUGAUUCCGGAGCAGGACGAGCAGAGACUGCCGCCCGCACUCGACGAGAAGUUCCAGUUGGUGCGGCUGAUCGGCGACGGAAAUACGGCCGUCGUGUACGAGGUCAUCGACAAGUGAGUCUAUGUGAUACGAGGAAAUGAAUUCCCAGGAAAUUGUGGAUUUUGCCGGUCAUUUUUGCAGAAUCAACAACGACAGGCGGGCGAUGAAGGUGAUUGCGCAGGAGAAUGUGAUCGGAAAAGAGCACCUGAUCGAGAUGGAGCUCUCGAUUCUCAAAAAGAUCGACCACACGUUCAUUGUGCAACUCUACGACUCGUGGUUCGUCGACAACGCCUUCUUUUUGUCGCUCGAACUCAUCGAGGUACGUGAAUUCGCAUCUUCUAUGGGCCAUAGGUGCGGGAUGUUUGAGAAACGGCAACAAUAGGACCCCCUCCCCCUGCUGCCCCUUAAAGAAAUCCUACGGCCUAACGGAGCAUUUGUUUGUCUUGAAAAUCUCAUAUUUGCAGAUGGGCGAUCUGUUUGAGCACCUCCGACGCGUGCGCCGAGUUCCGGAGCGGGACGCCGUCCGAAUGAUGACGUGUCUGGGACAGGCGCUCGAGUAUAUUCACGAACAGGGAAUCGUCCAUCGCGACGUCAAACUCGAGAAUCUAUUGGUGAGGAAAGCAUCUGUAAACGUUUCGGCGUAAAUCUACACCCAAAAAUAUCUCGCCACGCUUCGAGGGGUUAGGUAUCACUAAUUUCAGGUGUGUCGGUUCAAAUGGCCUGAAAAAUGAACACAGCUGAACUCAGUGAUACCGUAGCCCUCAAGUCGUGGCAGUGAUUUCGCACUAGUCGAAAUUCCUCGCCAUCUCUGAGGAGAAAAACCCUUCUAUAUUUUGCAGAUAGUAAAAGACGAGUUCGGCGAGCUCGGAGUGAAACUGGCGGAUUUUGGGCUGGCGGCCGAGAUGCCGUCAGACUUUGGAGUGCUGACGACGAUCUGCGGAACGCCGACGUACGUGGCGCCGGAAGUGCUGAACAAGACGGGAUACGGCUGCAAAGUGGACAUUUGGGCGGCCGGCGUCAUUCUCUACGCCAUCCUCGUCGGAUUUCCGCCCUUCCAAAGCGCCGACGGCUCCGAGCAGGACUUGUUCAGCGCCAUUCAGAGCGGAGAAUUCUGCUUCCCCUCGCCCAGUUGGGACGAUGUGCGUCGCCGUUUUUAUCUAUUUCUUUAAAGGACGCCUCUGGUGAAGAUGAUGUUUUGUUAAGAUUUGAUGAAAAAUGAAUACUAGAGACGUCCUUUAAUUCAGACAUAAUAUCUUCUUUUUUGUUUUGUUUUGAAAGUCCCCUUUUGCAGAUCUCGUGGUCGGUCCGUCAUCUCAUCAUGUGCCUGAUCCACACGGAUCCAUUCCACCGGUAUUCGGCCGGCGAGUUGCUACGCGACGAGUGGAUGGUUGUACGUUUCUUUUUUUUAAACCAGGGAACCCUCGGAGUCCGUCUGAAUUGCCUCUUAUUGCCACACACACUGUCCGAGUCCCAACUCUCAAAGUUAUGGCCGUGGCCUGGAAAACUCCUAGGCCAUGGAACGUUUUUUGCGUUCGUACAAUCCUCGAACGUUGCGAAGCAUUCACACGAAUUAGCAGAUUGCUAACAGGGAAGAGUUUUCACGCCUGAGUUUUCUAGGCCACAACCAGAGUUCCCCCUCGUCCUUUGAUGAAACAGUUAAUUUGAAAAGGAAUUUUGAGAAAAUCAAAUUGCAGAACCUCGGCGACGUGGAUCGUGAAUACGAAGAAUGGGCGCACCUGUUUGUGCGCACGAAAAUGCACGUGGCAGCGGAAGAGGAAGAGACGCCGUACGAAUAUUAUACGUCAAGAAGAACGUCGAUGGACGAACUGUCGGAGAGCGCCGGCGCAGAGUUCUCCUACUCGCGAGACUGCUGA